UUCAGCUACAAUACUACGUGUUGCAGGUGUUCGUAGAGGUCGUUUUUAUAAGGUAAAGCGUAUAAUAGGAAUACAUACAAAUAUGUUUGGGUCCAACAGUGGCGCAGACACAAGUGGAGAUUUCCCGAGCAUGAACCGUUCCAGCUCCCAAGUCCAGACGCCGUAUUUGAACAUCAACCCCCAGUACCUUACAGCAGCAGAGGAAUACAUUUUACCUGAAGAUGCAGCUGCCACUCGUUCCCGAGCGCAAACCAUGUUUACUAUGAUCGGAACUGCCGCAGUAAGCGGAGCUCUUAUAGGAGGAGUGGAAAGCCUUCGAUACAGUGGCUUGCAGUGGUUAAAGGGCAAAUCACAAAGAAUGUUAAUGACCAGUGCAGUGCUUAAGAACGGUGGACAGAUGGCUCAGAAGUUUGGGUCAGUUGCUGUUCUUUACUGUGCAUGUUCAAUAAUAUGCGAGAAGACGAGGGGUGUUGAUGAUGAAAUUAAUACAAUAUUUGGUGGAGCAGCAGCUGGAGCUCUUUAUUCAUUACCAGGUGUAUUUAAUGUUCAAAAUCAUGGACCUCAAGCUGCUAUGGAGGAAGAAACAAUUGGAUUUUUGAAGAAAACGAUCAGGCGUCUCCCCCCAGUUGGACGAUUCUUUUUUGGUGUUGGAACUGGAGUUGCAUUGAGCGGACUUUUAUGUUUAUAUAGGACCAGUGGUCCAGAUUUUGUGAGAGAAAUCACUAAGCGGACCUAAUUCAUUGUUUCUCAUCGAAAUUGAACAUAAGUUUAAACAGAGCAGCACAACCUUUUUUCAGAGGGCCCCUUAUUUAUGUUUGCUCAUUAAUGAUAAUUCAUAACAUUAAAUACAUUCUUUUGAGCCGUUUUUUUACCAUAACCUUACAAAAAGUUGAAAAUUGUCUUAUUCCUGCUCUGGUAGACAAAGAUGACCCUUCAGGAUAAUCUUGGUGUUCCCUCCAAUGUCCACCCUCCCGUCAGCUCUUACUUUUACUUGCACAUCACCCCCGCGUUUCGAGCACUGUCGCCCUAACAUGACGUCUUUCCCAGUGAAGUCACGCCAGUAAGGCGCUAGAACUGUAUGCGCAGAGCCUGUCACGUGGUCUUCGGGUAUUCCAUUCCAGGGUGCGAAGUAGCGUGAGAAAAAAUCGUACUCGCCUACUCCUUUAGUGGUCACGAUAAUACCUUUGAAUAUUAAACCGUCGUGCGAUUUCA